AGGGAUAGUGUGACUUUCCGGCACCCGUGGCCCUUCCCCCAGCGUAAGGAAUGGUGGCGUCCCGCAGGACGUGACGACGCCAAGAGGCUUCGUCCGGAGUCCUCGGAGGGAGCUGCUGUCCUUGGCCAAGUUCUCAGUGCCCGGGAUCCCGGUCUGCAGCAAUCAUGGUGAAUUUAAUUCAGGCUGUGCGUGACCACUGGGUUCAUAUCCUGGUACCAGUGGGAUUUGUUGUUGGCUAUUAUCUAGACAAGAGGAGUGAUGAAAAACUAACUGCUUUUCGGAAUAAGAGCAUGUUAUUUAAAAGAGAACUAAAACCUAAUGAAGAAGUUACCUGGAAAUAAAGGCUUUAGCUGAAUUGAGAGAUUUUCAUGUUGAAUAAAAAUAUUUAAUUAAA